AUGGAAAGCAUGGAAUUAGAGCAUGUGUGGGAAAAGAUAGUAAAAAUUAUUAGCCCUAGUAUUACCAGUUUAGACACUUCAGAUGAAAGUAAUACUUCUUAUAUAAAUAAUAGGGUCAUAGAAAAAAUUAAUUUAUUCGAUAAUAUAAAUUAUGAAUUGGAUAGAAAGAUAAAUGACGAUGAUAAUUCAAACAAACUUGAUAAUAAUAUUAAUAAAAAAGAAUAUAAUAAAAAAAAUAGUAUAAUUUAUAAUGAUGAUAAUAUUGAAGUCAGUGAAGAUAAAACAUUAUCUGAUAUUGAACAUGAAAGUAUAAUAAAAUUAAUAAAAACAGCCAUGAAAAAUAAAAAUAAAAAAAAGGAUUAUGAAUUUCGAAAAUAUAUGUCUGAAAGCAAGUUAUUUUUUAUUUUUGUACAUAUAUUUUUGCAUUUACUAAAAAAUAAAGAUAAAAUUGAAAAUCCAUAUGAGUAUAUUAUUAAUUGCUUUAAAAUAAAUUCAAAUGAGAUAAGUAGUUGUGAUGAAGAUGAGAAAAAAAAGAUCACUAAUGAAAAUAAUUUUUAUAAAAAAGAAAAUGAAGAAUUAAUUAAUAAAAUAAAUAAUAUACAGCUCGAUAUUAUUGAUAUUCAAAAAAAAAUGCAUAUGUAG